CCAUUUGCGUCGAACCAUCCUAAGCAGGCAAGAAAGGCAAGAAAUGCAUUAGCUAUGCGUUUUGAUUGCUUUUCUUUUAACCUUUUCCCUAACACCUAAAUGUCUCUCUCUUUCUCUCUCUUAAACGCUUGUAGAGUUGUAUUAGGACUAGAACGCGUCAAAAGAGAGGUUUCAGUCUCGUUUACGCCAAAUCAAUCGUCCUAUUGCGUCCCACGACAUUCCUAUAAAGAAUCGUCUCUUUUCUUGCAAAAAGAGCACUUCUCCUUCUUUCUUUCUCCCUCUCUUUCUCCUUCUCUUUCUUGUUCUAUUCUCCUUUUUCUUAUUCCUCUUCCUUAGAUUAUAAGAACCCAACAUGGGUUUUUCAUACUUCCUCAAAUUGAGGUGAAUUGAGGUGAAUUGUGGUGAAUUGAGUGAGUUUUGGGGCUUUUCUUCUAGUUGGGUAUGGACAAGAUGAACUUUGUUAGGAAUGGAGUGAUGAGAUUGCCACCUGGGUUCCGUUUCCAUCCCACCGAUGAAGAGCUUGUCGAUCAGUACCUUAAGCGCAAGGUCUACUCAUUCCCUUUGCCCGCUUCAAUCAUUCCUGAGAUCGAUGUUUGCAAGUUUGAUCCUUGGGAUUUGCCAGGGAAUUCAAAGCUAGAGAGGUAUUUUUUCAGCACCAGACAGGUGAAAUACCUGAACGGAAAUCGACCCAACAGAGCAACCAGUUCGGGCUAUUGGAAGACAUCAGGUCGAGAUAAGCAAAUUGUAGCUUCUAAAAGCAAUCAAGUGGUUGGGAUGAAGAAAGUGCUGGUCUUCUACAGAGGAAAGCCUUCAAGGGGCAUUAGAACUGAUUGGAUCAUGCACGAAUACCGCCUUUCCGAUGCCGGAAGUAGAGGCUGCAUUUCGCCACAGAGAAAAAACUCAACCCAAAAUUCCACAGUGCAAAUGGAAGAUUGGGUCCUCUGUCGCAUAUUCCUGAAGAAUCAGAGUCCAAAAAAUGACGUGGAAAUUGCCCAACCAAGCAGCAUGACAAGAGUCAGAAAUCUUGGAGUGGCUAGAAAUGGUUUCAUUGAUUUCAUGGGGCGAUCGACGGUCCAUUCAAAUUCUCCUCCCCCUUCUUCUUCUUCUUCAUCGAAUUCGAGCAGCAUCACCGAACUGUCUUCAGCUGAAUCCCAUAGGGAAGAAAACAGUAGCUGUGAUAGCUUUUCUUCAUCUUCAUGUGGAAGAGAGCCAUAAGACCUCUGCAAUUGGCUGUACCAAACCAACAAUCACUUGUGUUUUUGGAAGCCCAAGAAGCAAUAACCAUCCAGCUAUUUUGACUCUAA